UCUCCCCGUGCUCGGAAAGGCGGCUAGAGGCCUGAGGCGGGAGUGAGGUGUCUUCCGUCUGUACACGCGACGCUGAGCGGCUGGGACGGAAGCUGGGGCUGCCGAGGCAGUAGCUGCAGCCCCUAUCGCCACCCCCGGGGCCUGUGGGCGCGCCCAUCUCCCCCACAGAACUUUUAAAAGAUCUGAGACGUUGAACAUAAUAUUGAUAAGCUUUGAAUAAUGGGAAGAAGCUACAUAGUAGAAGAAGCUGUUGGACAAUACCUUUUAAACUUCAACAACCAAGAAAAGGCAUUUGUCUCUGGUCUUUUGAUAGGACAGUGUUCUUCGCAAAGGGAUUAUGUAGUUCUUGCCACUAGAACACCACCCAGAGAAGAGCAGAAUGAAGACACAAAAUCUUCUCAGUCACAACUGGAUGACCUGGAUGAAGAAUGGAUUACAGCCCAUGCCAAUCAGGUAUCUAGAAUGCUACCAGGAGGCUUAUUAGUUCUUGGAAUAUUUAUUAUUACUACUCCAGAUCUUGGGAAAGAUGUUCAAAAUGCUCUACGCAGGUUAGUGUUUGCUGUGGAAAAAUCUGUUACUAAAAAGAGACUAUGGAAUCUCACAGAAGAUGACAUCUCAGACCGGGUCACUCUUCAUGUCUGCUCAUCUACAAAGAAAAUACUUUGUCGCACUUAUGAUAUCCGUGACCCAAAGAGUUUACCAAAACCUGCAGACUGGAAAUAUCAGAAUGGACUGUCUACUUCAUGGCUUUCUUUAGAUUGCACAAUUCAUGUUAACAUUCAUGUUCCACUUUCAACUACAACUGCUAGUUAUCCCCUGGAGAAAAAUACAAAGAAUGGACUUGCACGCUGGGCCAAGCAAAUUGAAGGUGGUGUAUAUUUGAUCAAUGGACAAGUUAAAGAGGAAGAUUGCGAACUGCUAGAAGGACAGAAAAAGUCUUCUAGAGGAAAUACUCAAACUACUAGCCAAACUUUUGAUGUCAGGGUCCUGACACAUUUGCUCCUUAAUUCGAAUCACAGAUCUACAGCUACAGUCCAGGUCUGCAGUGGUUCUGUAAACCUCAAGGGUUCUGUGACAUGUAGAGCUUAUAUUCACAGCAACAAACCAAAAGUUAAAGAUGCUGUGCAGGCAUUAAAGAGAGAUAUAUUGAACACAGUGUCUGAUCGUUGUGAAAUACUAUUUGAAGAUCUUCUUAUGAAUGAAACACCAGGCAAUACAGAUUCUGAAAAAGAAUUCUAUGCUCUGCCACAUCGAGUAUUUGCCCCCAUUCCUGGAUCCAGUGUAAAACUGUGUGAUUAUAAAUUUAGAGAUGAGUCGACUAGGGAGAUACAGGAACAUUUUAUGGAAUUGUUGGAUCAGCACAUAGGAAUAGAUGAUUUAGAAAUUGCAGAGGAAAUCAAUACAGGGCACAGAGUUCAAGUGGCUUGCUUGUCAUCACUGUUCCAGGGGGCAGAAUCUAACCCAGGUUUUCCUAAUUCCAAGGAACUCAGUCUAUCACCGUGCCACUCUGCAGCCAGUAUAAAUUCAUGUAUGAAAAGGGAAGACAUUCCAGAAGACACAUAUGAUGAUCAACCAAAGCAUCUGGUUAAAACUACAGUGGCAUUGAGAAUUCAGCAAAACAUAGGUGUGGCGAUAGCAGCUGCAGUGGCACUCCUUGCUGCGGGCUUUUCCUUUCAUUACUUCAGUGACUAAUAUUAGACACAAGGAGCUGUGGGAACACUGACCAGGAAUGAGGGGCUGAUCCUGAAGAUGCAAGCAAGACCUAGGGACUUAAAGAAUAACAGGCAGAUCUGUUUCCAUAAAUGGCUAAUAAGUAUACUUCUGAUUUGUCAUAAGAUCUCUCUCUGCCUUGUGUAGUUAUGCCAUUACUGUAGGUGGAAGAGGUUUCCAAAAAUAAAGUGGCUUAUCUAACUAAAAAUUUAAGUUACAUGUAAUAGAAGGUUAUUAACCAUAAAAAAUAAAAACAAAAACAGGUAUAGCAACAAUGUGGUGUAGUAGAAGGACUACUGAACUUGUAGUCAAAAGACCUAGGUUUGAGUCCUGCUUCUAUCACUUAUUAUCUGGGAGAACUUUGGCAAAUCAUUUUAACUUCCCUGAGUUUUAGUUUCCUUGUUUAUAAAUGGGAGUAAUAAUACUACCUACCUCACAGGGUUGUUGUGAGGGUCUAAGGAAAUGUAUAUACAGUGCUUUAGAAGAAAAACAAUGUAUACACAGAAGCCAUUAUUUAUUGUCUUUUUGAAUUGUGACACCAAUCAGGAUGUAUAAAAAUCUCAGUACCAUAGAAGGAUGCCUCAUGUUCCUUGUAGGGGAGAAUGAUUGGGCAGAUCACACAUUGGGAAAGAAAGCCUACCAUGUAGGCUGACACCUUGGACCCUCCACAGCAGGCAGAUAGAAUGGUCCAAAUAAAAUACAUGGGAAUCAAGACCAUGUAGAUGCUCAGUAUCUCUCGUUAGCGUAUUGUGAUUAUCUUUUUAGGCAUCAUUGAUAAAAAAAAUUUUGGUAUAUUCUAAGUGCUAGUCUAAUUAUUCUGUUUAUUGUGUCUUGCUUGAGGAUUAUAGGCCUUUAAAAAAUGUUAUAACGCUUUAGUUAGAAAACUGCAUCAAUGCAGCAGAAAACCAGUUGAUUUUUCUUGAUAUCAUGCUAUAAACUAAUAUUCUUACUGUGAAAAUUCUGGUAGAGAUAUUAAACAAUACCCAGAUGUAGUCCUUGAAUCCUUAUAUAUACAUGUGUAUGUAUAUAUAAUAACCCCCUAUGAGAAGAUAAUAUUAUUACAGUAAAGUAACAUACCUCA